UCCCUUGAAGUAGUCAGGCAGUCUCCAGCUCGUCAUCCUCCUCGUCUGUUUGCUCUCAACACUUUUCCUGCAGAGACUUUCUGUCACAGUUCGACUUCAUAGUUUUUCCGCUUCAUUCUGUUGCAAAGAAACCCGCCUUCAAGUCGGAAUUAUCCCCUCACUUCGAAGUUGAACCCGGUUUUUUUCCUCUAAAGGGAGGUUUUAGCGAACAAGCGCGAAGAGGAGACAGAAGAAGAAGAAGAAGAAAGCCGGAGUCCCAGAAGAAGAAAACAGAGGAACCUGGAGGAGGCAGAAGGUCGAAGACACCAUGGAAGUUCCUGGUAUGCAGAGUUCACAGGUUGAUCCAGAGGAGUUAUUCACAAAACUGGAUCGAAUUGGAAAAGGCUCGUUUGGAGAGGUGUUCAAAGGUAUCGACAAUCGUUCUCAGAGUGUUGUUGCCAUUAAGACGAUCGACCUGGAGGAGGCGGAGGAUGAGAUCGAGGACAUCCAGCAGGAGAUCACGGUGCUCAGUCAGUGCGACAGUCCCUACAUCACAAAGUACUUCGGCUCCUACCUGAAGGGCAGUAAACUUUGGAUCAUCAUGGAGUAUCUUGGUGGAGGUUCGGCUCUGGAUCUGCUGAAGGCGGGUCCGUUUGAAGAGUCUCAGAUCGCCACCAUGCUGAAGGAGAUCCUGAAGGGUCUGGACUACCUGCACUCAGAGAAGAAGAUCCACAGAGACAUCAAAGCGGCCAACGUCCUCCUCUCGGAGCACGGCGAGGUGAAGCUGGCCGACUUCGGCGUGGCCGGUCAGCUGACCGACACGCAGAUAAAGAGGGAAACCUUCGUGGGAACGCCGUUCUGGAUGGCGCCCGAGGUCAUCCAGCAGUCGGCCUACGACUCGAAGGCCGACAUCUGGUCGCUGGGCAUCACCGCCAUCGAGCUGGCCAAAGGUGAGCCCCCCAACUCCGACAUGCACCCCAUGCGAGUCCUCUUCCACAUUCCCAAGUCUCCUCCUCCGACGCUGACCGGAGACUUCUCCAAGAGUUUCAAGGAUUUCACGGAGGCCUGCCUCAACAAGGACCCUGCUUUUCGUCCCACAGCCAAGGAGCUGCUCAAACACAAGUUCAUCGUGCGACACUGUAAGAAGACGUCCUACCUCAGUGAGCUGAUCGACAGGUACAGGAGGUGGAAGGAGGAGGGCCACAGCGACAGCAGCUCCGACGACUCCGACAGCGAAUCCAGUAACAAGGAGAACGAUAAGUCUCCAGAGUGGUCCUUCACAACGGUCCGUAAGAAGAAACCAGAGGGCAGGAAGGUUCUCAACGGAACGGCUCCAGAUCAGCUGAGUAAAUCUGCCAGUCUGACCACGCUCAUCUCACCCGUCUUCACUGAGUUGAAGCAGCAGCACAAGGAGCAUUCUGAGCAGCGAUUGGCUAUCGAGGAGCUGGAACGCAGCAUCCGAUUGGCUGAAGAGGGCUGUCCCGGCAUCACAGACAGGAUGGUCACGCACAUCAUAGCCAGGUACCAAAAAUGUACGACAAACUGAAGGAGGAACAGGCAGUGGAAUCAAAGGACUUUAGGAAGAGACUGUGUCUCCGUUCGGUGACGCUGCUGGAUGAUAAAACCAGAGGAGAUUUGCUGUGCGAGGUCUCCUCCCUCCACACACAAACACACACACACACACACACACACUAAUGUAAUAUAUACACUAUAUUUUAUAAAGUCACCGCUGCUGGUUGAGGACAUUGUUCCCCUCACAGAGUUCAUCGGAAGUGUGGCUGUGUUUUAGAUAAAAGGGCCUGGAUGAUUGGAAUUGCCAUUACGUGCCUUAAUUUUGUUGUUUUUAUAUAAUUUUCUAAAAGGAAAAAAAACUUUUCAAAGAGAUUUGUGUCUGAACCCCACACACAGAAAAUAUACGAGCUGUUUCCUGUCCGUCAGCAGUGGUAGCCUCCGUUUUUUUUUUUGUUUCCUGUAAAUGUCUGUACGUUUGUUCAGUAGCACUUGAGACAGAUUAUAUGCCAACAGUACAUUUGUUUUGUGUUUUCAGUAGUGAUUUUUCUUUACAGCUCCCAGAUAGUCACGUUACCCCCGGCCAUCAGUGGAGAUGACUCAGCAUUUGUUGGGAGUGAAAUAAAUAAAAAAAACAGUGCAAACUUGGGAAUUUGUUAAAAAAAAUUUAAUGUUCACGUUUCCACAGGGAGAAUCCUUUGUAAUAUUUUAUCAUAUUAAAAAAGUCCAGGGGUCUCAU